AUGAGAGCUCAAGCUGAUCACGAACCGAAGAUCCCUGCCGAGGCAGAGCAAAAGACCGUGCUCGUUCAAAAGAUGAUCGACAAGCCCAAGGGGCUUUUCAGUGCCCCUCAAAAGGAUCUUGACGACACUCACUAUCCUAGCAUUCAUGGACAGAAAGAACCAUCCAAGCAUGGCGAGACGGAGGAUUCUGGUAUGAGGGUCAUAAUAAUCGCUGGUGAGAACAAAGGUGCUUUCAUGGAGCUAAUCAAAUCAUCCCACCUAAACGGUUUCCAGAACAGUCCUCGACGUCUCCAAAAGACGGUGACUGGCAGCAGUGACGAGUACCAUAGCUACAGCAGCAGCGGUGAGGAAGGCGAUCGCAAAACGAAGGGCAAGAGCAUUGGAUCAGACACCAUGCCGAUGAAUGCAUUCAUGAACAGCAAUGUGCAAGGCGUUAACAACUCUAUCGUCUACAAUUCUUCCUGCACUCACCAUGACCCUGGUGUGCACCUUUCUCUCCAAAGAAAACCAACCGCAGGCGGAUUCCAUGUCAAGGAACGCAGCAAUGGUUACAACAGUUGA